AGCAGACAAAAGCAAACACUAAGCGCUUGAACGAGCUCUUUUUCCUAUCUAGCGACAGGUGACAAAACACUAUUCACGCGGUUAUGCAACCUUUCAAAAAUAAAUAUUGACAUGAAAUCCUAAAAACUUGUUUUUCAAACUUGAUACAAAUUGUGGCGAAGAGUUCGAAAGAAGGUGAGAUGGAUUCACAUUCCAACGAGACCAAGAAAGGAGAAAAGGACCAGACCAGGUGCCAGUCGUUCACUGCUCUUUUGCGGGAAUUCUGUGGUUAUACGUCCUUCGGAGGACUGGGUCGAGUGACUGACUCGCCUUACCUGUUAUUCCGGAUCACCUGGUUUUUCUUAUUUGUGGGAGCGGUGGCUUACGCAAGCACACAGCUUUAUUCUCUUUAUGAGAAAUAUCAAGACCGCCCAGUCAACACGGUCAUCUCACUCAAACACAGCGAGAAGCUCUCAUUUCCGAGUGUGGCCGUCUGCAAUUUCAACAUCCUUCGACAGUCUGUAAUGCAAGAUACGCUGAGCAAUGUUCUUAAUAUGGUAAAGGAACAGACGCCGCGGUGUGUACGACUGCGGAAUUGCUCCACAACCUCACAUAACGUCAGUACCACCUCGUCCCCCCGCCCGGAGGAUUCCGACCCAGAGGUCACCAAGGAACUCGAAGAAAUGGGUUUUGAAAACCCUGAACAGUUAUCAGAUGAAUAUCGAUUAGAGGAGUUGGUAUCGAUUACGAUUGCUAAGCUUUCACCAUCGGACUUGAAGCCAAUGGGUCACCAGUUUGACGAUAUGGUUUAUAAGUGUACAUGGAGAGGCGUAGACUGCAAAGCAAAUUACACACAGGGAAAAUACUGGACCAGCUUUUGGCAUUACCGUUUUGGGAACUGCUUUGUCUUUAACCCGUCAAUCGGCUGGAACCGGAACACUCGGUCCAGGCUCCACAUUUAUCGCACGGGGCCUCUGAAUGGUCUACAACUGCAGCUCAAUAUCCAACAAGAGGAGUACAUCGAUCAGAUCACUAAGAGGGCGGGGGCAAUGAUCCAGGUUUUCCCCUUUGGCCAAAUGCCGUUUCCGGAGGAAAGAGGAACUCUAGUCGCACCGGGAUUUUCGACAGACAUAGGAUUGGAAAAGAUGGACAUUAAGAGAGUCGAUCCUCAUAACAACGGAAGCUGUGUUACCGACGAGGCGUCCAUAAAUACAGAAAACAUAUUUAAACAGAAAUUUAACACGUCGUACUCAAAAACGGCAUGCGUACUCUCGUGCCUGGCGUAUCACCAGAUGCAUGAAUGCAAAUGCAUGGAAUACCGCUUUCCCACCGACAGCGUCUGCGACACUUUGAACAGCACGAUAGUCGAGUGCUUGGCAAAAGUGAAAUUUAAACUGAGUAGGAAUGAGUUGGGAUGCUCAACCGCCUGUGGACCAGCUUGCAGAGAGGAGGCAUAUCGACUCACUUCCUCUUUCGCCGUCUGGCCAUCUCAGAGAUAUCAGAAUUCAAUAAUUGACAACCUGUUUGAUGGAAUCUUCAACUACUCGAGAAGCUGGUUUCGAGACAACUAUCUUGAGGUUAAUAUAUUUUUCAAGGAGCUCAACUAUGAUUUCAUCGAGGAGAGUGUAGCGUACGAGCUUGUCAAUUUUUUAUCCGACAUCGGAGGACAGUUGGGCCUGUGGGUCGGCGUGUCCGUGAUGACUGGGGCCGAGGUGGUAGAGCUUGCGCUACUCAUCUUCUUCAAGGUCUUCUGUCGAAAGCCAAGAAAGGUCACCGUGAAUAGCGAAGGGGAUCCCGAGCCCAAUGUGCUGAGCAAUUCCCAGUUACAGCUAGAAUCUAUUGAUAACUAUAAGUACGCUCCGUAAGAUUUAAUUGUCGCUUGCACAUUAGCACGUAAACCAUUCAUACAUAUUUCCAUAUUUUUAGGAAAAACACAGCACAUUUUCUCUCAGCCCUAGUAUCAGGGGCUCGUUUCUCGAAACACCCGAGAAUUCUCGGUCCCGAAAACGUUUUAUUUCUUAAAUUUGAAAAGCUGGCUAAUUCCUAUAAAAUUUAUGGUAUAUAAUGUGUUGAACUAUCAUCAAACAUAGUAUUUUACCACAAAGAUUCAUGUGAAGGAUUAUCCUCUUUAUAGAUUUUGAUCCUUUCUCGAACUUCUCGGGCCCGAAAUUCACAAGCUUAAAUAUUAAGAAAGUUCUCGGGACCUCGCAGUCACCCGAGACUUUUCGGGUAACUUUCUGGCUUCAGCAAAACUUCGAAAAUUGCCCUAUUGAGCAUAAUCAUUUGGAAUACGAACCAAGUGGAUGUUAAAACUGUUCUAAAACAUAAAAGCGGUUCUCCAAAAGGAAAACAUGCGAAAUUUUGGCCAAAAAUGCAAAAUAACCUCUUCGGGCCCAAGAAUUCUCGGGUGUUUCGAGAAACGGGCGCCAGGGAAAGAAAGGAACGCCUGACAUUCGGGCUAAUGAUCAUUCUUCUCUCCGCGCGUCGCACUAAAGGUCUGACUGAUUUUUAAGUUUUUACUCUGUUUUCUUUUUUGUACGUUGAAAACAUCAUUACUGCUACUUUAUCACUACUUUUAAUACCAUCUCCUGUAAUAAGAGAGUUUCAUAGAUUCAAAUUCAGUUGUACUGCGAAAGGCUUUAAUAAACAAAAUUAUUAUUA